AUGGCUGAUGUGAUUGCCCAAUUCCUCAGGGCCAAAUUUCUUGAAAGCCUUGAAGAACAUGGACAAACCAGAUUUGCCCUCCACUCCCAACUUGAACAACUAAAGAGUUUACUUCCGAGUCGAUCUUUGUCCGCGGACGAACAGGCUAACUUUAUCAAUAUACUUUACGAUCUCAAUGAAGCAUUGACUGAAUGCCGUAUGCUGUGGAACAAUCACAGAUAUUAUCAUUCCCUCAAGGCAAUCCUACUUGUUCACGAAACUAAAAGGAGAUUGGCUGACAUCAAGAAAAGGCUCAAGGGAUUGAAUGGGGGUGCCAUCAGCAGCAGCAGAUCAGACGAUCAGAACCAAGCAAGAAGACUGUCCGAUUGUUCGUGGUCUAUCGAUACAUCUAAGGUUCAUGGCUUUGAUGAAAAUUUUAGGCAAUUGAAGAACUUACUUCUCCAAGAAGGGAGUGAUGAUGGUGGGUUCAAGGCGGUUGGCAUUGUGGGGAUGUGUGGCAUUGGUAAAAGUACGCUUGCGCGAUUGAUCUUCAACAGUGAGGAAGUAAAAAAGAACUUCUGUCCCAGGCUCUGGAUAUGCGUAUCAGGAAGAUCUCCCAAAGAGAUUGUGGAGAGGAUGUUAGUGGAUCUAGGAGUGGAAGAUGAGAUUAUUAAGUCAAUUAUUAACAGUAAUGACCUCCAUGGCCUACUUUUCAGUCUUUACCUGCAGUUGGUUGGGAAGAAGUAUCUGGUAGUGUUUGAUGGCGUCUGGGGCAUAGAUGAGUGGUACGAACAGUUGCAACUGAAUUCCGGGUUGCCUGAUCAAGACGAUAAAUGGGGUGAACAUCUCCGGAAUGGAUUGCCAAAGCAGAGCGGGGGUCGAGUUGUCGUCACAGGUAGACUUAAAGAUGCAGUAAAGAGGAUGGUUGGUGAGGAAAACUUGCUUUGCCUUUCCACUCUCGAUAAGCAGUUUUGCAAUUCGAUAUUCACAGACUCUGCUGAGGAAUAUGCCGAUGAUCUCAUUUUGGUGAAUAUGAAGGCGGAAGUUGCAGAGAAGUCUGCAGGGCUUCCAUUAGCUGCGAAGAUGAUGGGUCAGAUUAUGAAGAACAUUAGAAAAAAUGAGAUGGGAAUCCAGACUCAAUAA